AUGACCCAAACGACCAUGUUACAGUAUGAAGCACCCUGGCCUGUCCACAGUCUUGACUGGUGUAAAUCAUCUGCCCCAGGCCAACAACUGCGCCCGCGAUCGGCCUUCCGUCUCGGGGUUGGAUCCUUUACAGAAAAUUAUCAAAAUCAAAUCGCAGUUGUAGGCCUGCAGGAUGAACGAGUUCUAGUGGAAGACGAUUUUACCGACUAUCCUGAUUUUGUUACUCUUUGUGAGGCAUAUCAUGGAUAUCCUGCCACUAGCCUUCAAUGGCAACCAGCCUCUGCCACAAACCAUCCUUGGUCUCAAAAGUCAGCAGUGACAGAGCUUUUAGCCACCACUGGUGACGCUUUGAGAGUUUGGGAGUAUAGUGGUGACGGUUCUUCAAAUACAUCAUCCUAUGUGGGACGACCUCCAAUUUCCUCGGGACACAGUUUGACGAUGAAAACAGCGUUAUCGGGGCAGUCCAAAGUCCAGAAUCAGUCUGCAGGCGCCCCCCUCACAAACUUCUCUUGGAACGAAAAGUCUCCCAAUCUCAUUGUAACAGCAUCCAUCGAUACCACAUGCACAGUGUGGAACAUUGAUACAUCAACAGCAAUGACCCAGUUAAUCGCGCACGACCGUGAAGUGUACGAUGUAGCAUGGUUACCUGGGUCAACAGAUAUAUUCGUGUCUGUAGGCGCUGACGGCAGUUUACGUGCCUUCGAUCUUCGUAGCCUCGAGCAUUCAACCAUUUUGUAUGAAACCCCGGCGCCAAAGACUAUUCCACCUCCCACCUCCAACCCAUCUGCAACUGCACGUCCUCCUACCUCCCCGUUACUAAGAAUUGCUUUCAACCCUUCCGAUUCAAAUUACAUGUCUACCUUUCACAUGGAUGGGUCGGACGUCCAGAUUCUUGACAUGCGAAGCCCAGGGCAACCAGUGAUAGAGCUACGGGGUCACCAUGCACCCAUCAAUGCUCUUGGGUGGGGUUCCGCUGAGCGUCCUUUGUUGGCCACAGCAGGCGAUGAUUGUCAAGUCCUUUUAUGGGAUCUGGUAAAUUAUACUCAAGGAGCUGCUUCUCCUCGAAGUGCAGGAUCACGUUUGAACUCUCCCCGUCCAGAUGCCAAGAAGAGAGUGGUCACCGAACCAGUCAUGGCAUACACGGCCGCCAGCCAAAUAACCAAUCUCGCAUGGUCGCCCCAGAUCCAAGGCAUGACAAUGAAUUCUGGCUAUUCAACUACGAGUGGAGAGUGGUUAGCCAUUGCCUCUGGAAAGACAAUCAAAGCAUUGAAGGUAUAA